GAACCAAUGACAAGGGCGAGUUGUCCUUCAUUUGGACAGAAUUGCGAAGACAUGAAAUCCCAGUGAGAUAACAAAAAGGCAAACGAAGACGCACAAAUCGUAUGAGUAGCAUGGAGAUGAUUUUCCUAAUGUUGGUCUGUCUACUGGGAGGGCUAUGGGAGACUGAAGCUAUGACAGUGACAGGAGAGUUGAAAAAGGCAAUCACAAUAAAAUGCUCUCACGUCAACGCAUUUUCCAACGUCAAAUAUUUCUGCAAGGGAACAUGUGAAAAUGAAGACAUGUUAAUAAGAAGCACAAAAGCGACGGAGGCUUCGAAUGAGAAAUACAGGAUUAGAGAUGAAGGAAACACAUUCUACGUCACCAUUUCUCAUCUGACAAGCGAUGACUCAGGAACUUACUGGUGUGGAAUAGACAGAUAUGGUAAAGACACAUACAAUGAAAUAAUCCUCACAGUCAUAGAGGGACACAAAAAGGCCCCAGAGACAACACAAACAAUUUCAAAUUCAAAAGUGUCCUCCUCUAAGAAGCUGGUGUACAUUGGCGCAGGUCUCGGAGUGGUUGUGCUGGCUCUGGCGAUGGUCCUUCUCAUAUUCUUCAGACAUCGGAGCAGAGACAUCAGUGCAUCUCCUGGAAAGGUCCAGGACACGGCCUAUGCAACACCAUUCUGUCAGAAACAAGAUGCACACCACAUCACUACUCCUUCUUCAACAGCCAAUGAGCAUCAAGAAACAGAUGGCAGGACAAACACAAUCUGCAGCUCGUCGUCCGUGCAGCACCAAGACAAUGUUUACACCAACGUGACCGUUUCAUCAGCGUCUGAGAUCCAACCGGACAGCCUCCUCUACUCCAGUGUUAGCUUCGACAAACACACUGACUGCACUGUCACAGUUCACACAGCAGCGGUUACGUACUCCGCCAUUAAUUACAUAAGAACAGAUGAAUCAGCAGUCUAUUGCAAUGUCGGAACUCAGACUGGAAAAGACAGGACUGCAACAAUGGGAAUAUUACUAAAAGUCAUCUCCUUAAUGACAGCUAGUGUGAGCGUAUUGUUUGUGACAGGAAACGAAGGUGGACCUGUCAACAUUACCUGUGUCAACACACCAGUGACCCAGACGGCACAUCCUGGAGACUCUGUUACCAUCAGCUGCAAGUAUCCAGCAGAAGAAAAGCAGCAAGAAAACAUCCUCAGGCGCUUCUGCAGAGAAGAUGGAAACUCUGAUUGCACAAAUCUGAUAUCAACUUACACUGCAAAUUACACAAAACUAGACAGGUUUUCUCUAACAGACGACAAACAGCGAGGAGUCUACACUGUGACCAUUUCCACAGUGACGCAGGAUGAUUCUGGAAGAUACCGGUGUGCUACAGAAAUAAAUAAAUCUAUUGCAUGUUUAACUGAGAUCCAUCUGUUUAUUUUCAUAUGCCUUUCACCAGCUUCUGGUGCAGCUGAGAGACGCAUCAAAACCAAAGACAGAAAACCUGCCCCUCGCCAAGACAGACCACACGAAGAUGGUGCAAACAAUGAAGAAGAAAAUUACAAGAAAGAUGAAUAUGAAGAUGAAGAUGAAGAAGAAAAUUACAAGGAAGAUGAAUAUGAAGAUGAAGAAGAAAAUUACAAGGAAGAUGGAGAUGGAUCAAUGAAAUCAAACAUAGGUAUUGUGAUUGGUAGUGUGGUAGGGUGUCUGGCAGUGAUACUGAUACUUGUGGUUGUACUAGUGCUAUUCAGACACAAACUCCCCUGGGCAAAAGCAUGGUGUACUGCAGGUGGAUCAUCAGAGCAGAGGACAAAUAACACAGAGGAAAAUCAUGGAGAUCCCAACUAUGAGGAGAUACAGAUUCAGAACCAGGAGGCGAGCUCAGGAGUCGUACUGCCGUCCGUUUACGCCACUGUCAGCUCUCCCGCAGAUCAGCUCCACUAUGCCAGUAUCGACUUCCAGAAGGACGCACAUCCUGACACAAAUAAAAAUGGCUCCUCUAAAACUCCAGCAGCAGAGCAGACUCUCUACUCUACAGUCACAAAGCCUGGGGAAUGAGAUAAGAGUCUAUUACCUGAUGACGUUUACUGUGCAGUUUGAGGGGCACAUGAACACUUUAACAUUUUACCUAAGGCUCUGAAACUAGGGGCUGUACUCCUCCAGAAAAUGCUUUCUCAACUGGUGGGCCGUGGACUCUGGACUUCUGAAUGGGACAGAGUGUGUGGUCGAAAAACAAAAAUCUAUUUUAAAUGCUUAGCUAUCUGAUGUCUGACGUUAUAUUGACAGAAAAGCUUCCAUAGCUUAUUGUAGGCCUUACCUAUUUUGAUGAUGUUCAUUUUAUUCAUAAUCACAAGAAUCAGCAGCACACAGUUGUUCAUACUCAAUUUAUUAUUAUUAGAGUAAUGAGCUCUGAUUGCAGGGAAGACAACAUUUGAUGUUACAAAAAGACCACAAUAACAUUGUAUAUGUGUU